UCAGCGGCGGCCAUCUUCUACACACCAGUAACACUUUUUGUAUUGCCGAUACAAAGUAUUCGGGCAGAUUGAUGGACAUCUAGGUUAACCUUGUUCAAAAGCUGGGUUAUUCAUAGAGAAAGGGUGUCCACCGCACAAAUGCAUCACUCUGCGAAUUACGCGUUAACAGAUGGGAAAACACAACUGUAAAACUGUAGUUGACUAGACUUCAUAAAAUCCUAAAAAAUCUGUCCAUGGAAUUGGAGGGUCACCCCCACAGCCUGUGAUCAAAACUACCAGCAUUACAGUGAUGUGUGUCCCCUGCUCAUUGUGAAGGCCUGCCCCCGAGCUGACAGACCAGCCCUCCCGACUGGGCCACGCUGCUCAAGCAGUGCCGGUUUCCUGGUUACCAGGGUGACGCUGCUGUCCCAAGGAGCGUGAUGGAGCUCCACAGGAUGCUGGGGAUCGAAGAGGAUUGUGGGAUGCAGGGGUUGCUAGCCCCCAGUCCUCGGAGUGAGGCUGUAGCCCAUGAGCUGGAGGAGUUGUCGCUGCAGCCCACCCCGAACCUGCCCCCUCUAAAUGAGCGUAAGAAUGUUCUUCAGCUCAGGCUGCAGCAGAGGAGGACUCGGGAGCAGCUGGUAGACCAGGGCAUCAUGCCACCCCUAAAGAGCCCUGCUGCCUUCCACGAGCAAAUCCGCAGUCUGGAGAGGGCCAGGACUGAAAACUUCCUGAAGCACAAAAUCCGGAGUCGGCCUGAGCGGUCGGAGCUGGUCAGAAUGCACAUCCUUCAGGAAACCCUGGCCGAACCCUCUCUCCAGGCCACCCAGUUGAAGCUGAAGCGGGCCCGUCUGGCUGAUGACCUCAAUGAAAAGAUCGCGCAGAGACCCGGUCCGUUGGAGCUGGUGGAGAAGAACAUCCUGCCUGUCGACUCCAGCCUCAAAGAAGCCAUCAUUGGCGACCCAGAUGGCGAGGGGGACUACCCCAAGACGCGGGACGUCUACUUGUUUGAUGAAGACAGCAGCGAUGCCUUGUCUCCGGAGCAACCGGCCAGCCAAGAGUCCCAGAGCUCAGCGGCCUCCCCUGGAGAGCACAAAAUAAGAGAGGCCUCGUCCCCGCUUCCCAACUCCUCCCUGCAGUACUGCCCACAAUUCUCACAGCCCACUUCAGAAUUCCUAAAACCUGUCUCAGCUGCCGAGCAUCCCAACGGUCGCUUGGCAACCAAUUCAUUCCAGCCGAUCAGCACUGUAGCUCCUUCAAAACCAGCCCCUACACUUGUAAAGCAGAGCCAGCCGAAGACAGCGAGCGAGAGGAGCCGCAGUAAGAAGGGCCGGGAGGCCAAGCCGCGGGUUAAGAAGCUCAAGUACCACCAGUACAUCCCUCCCGACCAGAAGGCGGAGCCCAGCGAGGCGCCCAUGGACUCGUCGUACGCACGCCUGCUCCAGCAGCAACAGCUCUUCCUGCAGCUCCAGAUCCUCAGCCAGCAGCAGCAGCAGCACUACAACUACCAGGCCAUCCUACCCGCACCACUCAACAGGCCAGCAGCCGACACUCAGAAUACCUCCUUGAACAACAACGUGCCCACCUCCAUUGUUGUCGCCUUGCCAACCAGUGGCACCCUGCGACAAAACAGCAGCCUGUCCAAUCGGAAGCCGGGACCACUGCCUGCUAAUCUGGAUGAUAUGAAGGUGGCCGAGCUGAAAAUGGAACUAAAAUUGAGGGGGCUCCCAGUGUCUGGCACUAAAACGGACCUCAUCGAGCGACUGAAACCCCACCAGGAAAGCUCUACCACCAUCUCCACAAGAGGUGCCAUGACCACUACUAUCUUCUCUGGGUCAGCUGUGGAGGGGCCUACGUCAGCCUCUUUACAGACUCCCUUUGCUAAAGAGCAUCGGCAGCAUUCCAGCCAGCUGGAGAGCAUGAACGCCACCCCACCAGUGUCCCCUGUCCCCUCGGAGCCGUCCAGCCGUAACGCAGAGGACAGCAGGUCCAUGGACACCUUCAGUGAGAUCAUGGGCGUGGCCCCUGCUCAUGCCUCUGGGGCCUCCCCCCGCAAAGGGGCAGACGAGGACUCGAGCAUGGAGCUGGAGUCAUCCGUCAAGGACCGCAAACUCCAUGAGAAGGAGCUGCAGAUCGAAGACCUCAAGAGGAAGCUGGAACAGGAGCAGAUGCUGGUGGAGGAACUGAAGAUGCAGCUGGAGAUGGAAAAACUAAGCCAAGCACAACAAACGGGCAUCGCUGCCCAGCAGAACCACUCUGGAGCACCAGAGGUCAAGGAUGAGAGCAGAAUGUCCCCCAGUUGCUCGUCUUUCCGCGAAGCCUCACAGUCUCCAGUGGUCCAGCAGACAUCCAUGUUGAUCAAGCAGGAGCAGCAGCAGCCUCCACAGGCUCCAGUCCAAGGCCCAGCCUGCCUGCAACAGUUCUUCGUCAGCCACCAGAGGGUGCCCCAGGUUAUUGGACAGCCUCAAAACUUGUUGACAACACAGCCCAGGACUCCACUUCUCCCGCCAGUAUCCCCCUCUGGCACCAACACAACCAUCCAGCCAUCAACAUCUAAUGUGAAACCCCAGCAGCAGCAGCAGCAGCAGCAGGUUCUUCAGGCCACUGCCCCUGCUUCAGCCGCAGGCCUCAUCCAGGCCUCCAUUCCCCAGAUUCAGCCACAGAACCAGGACCCCUCAUUCACUCAGCAGCUCCUCAACCAAAACCACCACAUCUCAAAGGCGUUCCCCACCUGCACCACAUCCAGUGCUGGGUUUCAGUUCCAGAGCCAGCCAGUGACUGUUGAGCCGCAGUGUUUCCUAAACAGCUCAGCAGAGAGCAGGCUGGCAACACGGGGCUCCCCAGGCCACACGCUGCACAACGGGCCCAAGCACAAGCCUGGUUCCCCCUCCCAGUCUCAGCCUCAGUUCAUCCUGCAACACUCAGCGUUUGGAAACCCCGCCCACAAGGGCAAGGACCCUCCUCGCUAUGAGGAGGCCGUGAAGCAGACCCGGAACAUGCAGGCCCCCCUGCAGCCCCAGGUUCCCAUGGUAACCAGCCAGCAGAUGGAUGACCUGUUUGACAUCCUGAUUGAGAGUGGAGAGAUUUCACCAUUCGUGAGAGAGGAGCCCUCUGACUCUGCCAAGUUGAUUCCUGUGACCGCCAGCAUCACUACCCUGCCAAUCAACACUGCGCUGUCCCGCCCACCCCCACAGAUCCAGGUGGCCCCUCCCCCUUCACUGACCUUCGACCCUGCCCCCAGCCUCUCUCUCGCCUCUGAGAAUCAACUGGAGGCCUUCCUGGAUGGGGCCCUCUCUGCCCACACUGGUUCCCAGCAUCUGGGCUCCAGCCGAGAGCACUUGUCCCUCAUCGAUGACCUGCAGAAUCAGUUGCUGAGCCAGUUGUCCUCUCCGAGUCAGCCGCACUCCCCCAUGGACACCAAUGAACUGCUCUUCUCCACAGACGAGGGGUCCGGUGUCGGCUUUGACCUCCAUGACCCUAACCUAGAUAAUAUGGAGUGGCUGGACCUUACCAUACCCGGGCCAUCCAGUGGUCUGGCCCCUCUGGGCAUGGCCCCACCAGGGGGAGUCUUUUCCUCUGACUUUCUGGAUACGCAUAACCUCCAGCUACCCUGGGACUGAAUCGAGCAACCCUCCAGCUCUCCAAACACAGCCGUUGUUUACGUUGUUCAGUAUGUGUGUGUUUUCUCGGAUGCUCAGUUGUUUAAUUUGGCAGCUGACCUCAUUUGAGCUCAAUUAAGAGGCCAACAGAUUUUGUAAAUAUAGGUCCUUAAAGCUUCAAGGGAUUUGGGGGGGGGGGGGGGGGGGGGGGGUUCGGAUGUGAGGGGAUGUGAAAUUUGAUUCCCCUUUUACUCGUUGUUCCCACAAUAUAAAAUGGCCUGUUUUCUUUUAGUUCCUGGGGUGAAUUUUGAGUUUGUGGGGUAGCAUCUCCAACGAGAAGAGCAAUGCCAGCAGCCUGUCUGAUGUAAAGGGAUCCCUUGUAUGCUAGUGAGAGGGGUGCAGGCUAGAGAAUACAAGACAAAUGUGCUCUUCUGAAAACUGAGAUGUGGGAAAGUUUGCUGCCUUGGUCAAGCCUCCGUGCAGUCUCUGGGAUUUGAGAAAGGGACAGGAUUUACAUGUGUGCCAAGCAAAUAUGGGCAACCUAUUCCUUAAGCCCAAAAAAAGCCUGCCUGCUGUCGGUACUGUUUGCACCUUGGAAACAGGCACAUCUUCAGGUCCUAAUCUCUUCUGCGUGCAAGACUGAAUAGCAAUCAGAGACCUUGAGUAUUUCUUUUUAUUUAUUUUGAACUUUCCAGGCAGAAAUGAAAUGCCUUGUUUUACCACUAUCAAACAAAAACACUUCUGGGAGAACAGCUGGAUUGCUUUAAGGCUCAGGGAGGUGCUGCUGUGUUUUUUUUCUAGCACUGACUAGCAGCAACUCAAAAUGAUAGCACUGGUAUAGCCGUAGCACACAGUACUAACAUACAGUGCCAUUGAUUUGAAGUGGCUCCUAGGGCUACAAUUGUGAUUUAAAUCUUGGCCUCACCAAACAUCCUGCCUUGUCGCUAGGGAUGAACUAUUCAUGACUAGCCUAUACCAGAAAGAAUUUGAGUGAAGGGAGGAACCAUUUUAAAGUAAUUUGUACAAAAGGAUACUUGGGUUUGUUUUCAGUCUCAAGCAUCAACAGAGGAGAUUCAAUAUGAUAACAUGGCAAAGUUGGUUGCAGAAAAACAAAUGGUCAUUUCCAUUGCAUGUUUGUUUAGGCUACUAUAAUUGUACUUUAGAAUUGUGGCUAACAGUACAUGUGACAAGAAGGGGAAGUGCACUUUGAAUUACUAGUAGAUUUGCUUGUAAAUGUACAUGCAACAUUGACCUGACUGUAUUUUGCAGCAUGUGACAAUAAUAGAAUACGUACAGCAUUUGUAAGAAACAGCAGACUGCUGCAGAACAGAGAGAGCAGGAAGCACUAAUAAUAUGUGUUUGUGAAAAGAUAGCUUAGUAGACCAGUGCACAGGGGCUUUCAUUCCUUUCAUACCAGGUUCCUCUCAGUUUUGCAUAUCACCAAAGACAUUGUGCAUUUGAAAAUCUCAGUUUAGUUCAUUCAGAGGCCCAGAAAAACAUUUAAAAAUGUAUACCAGAACACCACUGGAACGUAAAUAUCCAUCAUUGGCCCCUUGUUUAAAUAUCUUUUUCAUAUGUGCGUUAUACACCACUGUGUCUUAUACAACAGAUUAGUUACAGUAAUGACACUACUGUAUAUACAUAAAGAACCAUUGUUACUUCAAAGCCAGUAAACACACAGAACAAGUCUGUUUAAACUAGCUGUAGACUUGAGGAAUCAUUGAGAGUAUGCACUAUGCUCGCAUUCAUUUUUGAGUGAUCCGCAGUCACUGUUUCAGGGUGUGGGCUUUAUUUAUAAAGACAAAGUUGCAAAGUGUCACUCACUAGCUGCAUUGGUAGCAUGAAAGGUCAAGUAGCACCAAGCCACAGUUAUGACAAUCAGGCUGUAAGGUGGCAGUCUUUAUGAAACUACCACCGUUAAUUUUUUUUCCUUUUGACUGUAUAUUAACAGCGGAUCUUCACUGUUAGCCAAAGGUGCAGGUCUUCCUGUUUCCAAGGUUUCAUCCAAAUGUUUAAUGCAAAUUUUAAUAAUUGAAGAUAAGUUAAUGGCACAAUACUGCCACCCAAUGGUCAUACAGUGGCACUGCACUUUUCAAAUGCUUUGGUGCAGUUUAAUAUUUCAAGAGCUGUUCUGCCAUUUCAUAUCUAAACCCUUACUGUAAAAUGACAAUCUACUGGUUAGUAUAUGCAGUGAAGUACAUCCAAAGCAUAUCAGAUAGACUAUGUAUGCGCUUGCUCCUAAAGCAGUUUUUUAUUUGUAAAAUAGCUGUGUCCAUACAGUGUACAGUUAACAGCUACAGACGGUGACGUGCCGUAGUUCUUAAACCUCAUCAUGUCUGAAAUGGUCUUUUGGAGGGUUUAGUAGUGAUGCCAAAAAGAUAUAUCCAUUGUUGCUGUUGAUGUUGUGGUGGUUAGUUUUAUUUCGUAAUUUUGAUAAGAAACCAAAAGCACCAAUUUGCAUUCUCAGGGCUCCCAAGCACCAAAACCAAAUGUCCUGAAUUUGACAGGAUAAUUGAGCAGUCUACUACACAAAAAACUAGCACUAUGUUUGCAACAUUAAUGCAUGUACAUAUUUAGCAACCUACAGGGUGUUGUGACUUUAGACAGGGUAACAACUCCCCUGGAAUUUACGAGUAGAAAUGUAUUUGUUCUGCUCUGGGAGCCCUGGAUUUUGCCAAAGAGGGCAUUUCUUUGUUUAAUGCCGUUAAGUUUUCUUAAGAUGAACAAUCACAAUGAUGUGUUGAAAUUCACAGAUACUGUUUUUAAAAUCAAAAAGUGCAAAUGUGUUGUUGGUAAACGCAUUGUUUAAAAAAAAUAUAGAGAGACUUAAAACAGCUAGGUAUGGGCGUGUCACUCUAUAUUUGUAACUUCUAAAAGUGCAGUAAAAAAGUGUCAACCUUGGUAUUUAUUAUUUAAAUACAAAUGUACAAAUACAAAGUAUAUUGACUGCAAAAAAGAGAGAUUUCUGUUUAAAAUAGGCAUAAAUGGGGUUAAUUACAGAUUUAAUACAAACACAAUGAGCUUUCCUUUAUGGAAAUGACCAGGGAACAACGAAAUUACGUUGUAGCAAUAAUGUAGUUAAACUAAGUAUGAUAAUUGCACUUGUUUACAUAGGAACCUUUAAGCAUUUGAAGGUCAAUCGUUGAUCACUUAGCUGAAUAACUUGGCGCUGAUGAAUAUCUUCCAGGUUAUCACAUUCAGUAGUGAAUUAUUUUGUUUUGCGAGAAUUGCGAAACCAAAAUAAUCACGAUGUAAACUAAUCAUAAUGAUCGUUUUCAAUUAGAAUUUUUACUGAUGAGCGCAAAAAGUAAACCCAUUCCAA